AUGUUUUCGAGGCUACUAUCCCUGCCAAUGAGGCACUCAGCAAGAUCACAGCUUGCAAGGAACCCCAUGCGAACCGCAGUGACGCAAUCGAAAGAAGCCAGAGACGAGACCCGAAGACAAAAGGACAAGGAAAAGAAGCGCAAAUUGAAAGAAGAGCUCAAGUUCCAAAACAUGGAAGACUUGCCUGACCACCCGUUGCACAUGUCGAUCGCGGACGCUUUAAACACCAUCAGGUCGAUCAACAUCGGUAAGCCUGCGGAAAAGACCAAUAUCGCCUGCAACUUGUUUGUGCGCCAAGAGCAAGGCGCGAGCCCCAUUAAUGAAACGAUCAAUAUCCCGUUCCCCGUGCUGAAAAAGACCAAGCCUGUGGUGUUCACGUCCGACGCGGGUUUCAUUGAGGAGUUGAAGGAUGUAGUUGACCCGCAGCAUAUCGGAGGGCGCGAACUCUUGGCGAAGUUCAGCGAGGGGAAAUUGGACGCGAGUGCUUUCACGCAUGCCUUCGCCACGAGCGACAUGGAGAAGGACUUGAAGUCGGUGGCGAGGAUCUUGGGGCCCGCGGGGUUGAUGCCCUCGAAGAAACGAGGCACGGUGACGGACUCGCCGCUGGAUGUGUUGAAGAUUGUGCGAUCGUUUCAGAUUAAACAGAAGAAUGGACAUGUGUCUUUCUUGGUUGGCAACUGCACUUUUAGCGAUUACCAGAUUAUGAAGAAUUUAAAGGCUAUCAGUGACGCGAUUCACAAGACUAUUGAUGACCCCAGCACUAAGAAAAAGACGAGAACGGGGCAUUGUUAUAUCAGUUCAGCCCAUAGUCCUAGUUUGGUCAUUGACUUUAAGCCGUAA